GGGAGGAGGCCCUGGUGGGAAGGGCCCUGCAAGGCCUGCCCAGAGCACCAGGAGCUGGCUGGGACUGGAGACUGGCGCGGCUGGAGCUGCAGCUGCCUGGCAGAGGGGAAACUGAGGUGGGGGUGUGGCUCUGGGACAGACAUCAGGGCAGGACAUCCCUAGCAAGGGGCCAUGGUCUGGCUGGGAGAUGUGGACUAGCUGCCAUCCCUAGCAAGGGGCCACGGUCUGGCUGGGAGAUGUGGACUAGCUGCAACGUGGGGCGGGGUUAAAGGUCUUCUAGGGUGGCCCUGGAGAGCACUGCUCUGCACCUGAACACCACCCCGGCUGCAGGCCUGCAGCGUCAGGAGCAUGAGUGAGCAGGGAAGGGAGAUGGAGGAGGAGGAGGGAGGCGGUGCUUCGGACACAGCCCCUAUGCUGCCCAGGGGACCUCCCGACCACCAGGCCUCAGCCCUGCCGUGCCCAGGGUGGCCGGGGCCCCUGCUGCUGCCCGGCCGGCUGGUGGCCGGGCUCCUGCUGCACCUCCUGCUGCCCGCCACAGCCUUUCUGCUGGUGCUCCUGCCCGCAGCGGCCGUCGUCUACCUGGGAUUCCUGUGCCACUCGAGGGUCCACCCCGCUCCCGGUCCCCGGUGCCACGCGCUGUUCUCGGACCGCGGCUCCGCGGCGCUCAUCGUGUUCGGGCUUCUCUCGCUGCCGCCGCUGCUGGUGCUCGCCUCGGCCGUCCGCGCCCGCCUGGCCCGGCGCCUCCGCCCGCUGCUGCCUCCGCCCGCUGGGAACCCCGGACCCCGCCGCCCACCGGGGCGCCCCGACGGGGACGAACAACUCUGCGCCUGGGUGUGACCCGGCGGCCGCUGCGAAACCCCGAGAGGCCUCCGAGCUCGCGCGCGACCCCAUCGCGUGGCCCGGCCCGGGAAACUGAGGGUCGCGCCCGCUCCCCCUUCCUGGCUGCGCGCGCAGCGCUCCCGGCUACGACCCCGGCCUCCCCCGUCUGCAGCCCCGCCCCCGCCACGGAGUGCAGAGGAGGGGA